GUUCUUUGUUCCCUGUAUUUAUAUGCAGGCCCAACGGGAGUUGAGACCCAGUCGACGUAGAUAUUGCAGGUGCACGUGUGGAACGUGAUGGAGAUCCAACUUCGAGAUCGCAGCAACAAGGUGCGUUAUGAAUUCCGACUGGUGGCCCGCGAGGUCACCCAUGAGGUCUAUGAUGUCCCGGAGGACAAUCAGGUCCUCUUUGCCUACCAAUUUGAGCGCCAGACCCGAGGUCCUUCACACGUACUGGAGCUGGCACAGCUGUCAGGAGGUGGUCGGAGACACCAGGUGGCAUGUGGUGCCUUGUCCUUUAGCCUGGCUGAUCGAUCCAUGGAUGAAGCAGGUUCCAUGUUUGACAGUAGCUUCUACCACAUGAUCACUUUCCUGUUUGUCAAACCUGAGCACCAGAGGACAGGAGUAGGCCGACAGCUGAUGCAGGCGGCCCUCAAACAUAUGGCAGCCCACGAGCCUAGUAGGCCAGUCAGAGUGGAGAGUGCGCUUGGAGCAGCCUACUUCUUCGAAAAACUUGGCUUUGUUCGAGUUGGUGAACCGUUUGAGACUGUGUGUUCGGGCUCCAGAUUGUUCAGAUCUAUGGUUAAUAUGGAGCAUGAAGCUCCAAGAUGUGACCCUUGAACAGCGUAUGUUCACAGAUGAAGAGAUUAUGCCAAUAGUGAAAUGUUGCUCAAGACAGCAUGCAGUCACGGAGGAAGAGGUUGUUAGAUGUUGCUCAGGAGAGCAUGCUGUUACGGAGGAAGAGGUUGUUAGAUGUUGCUCAACACAGCAUGCAGUCAUGGAGGAAGAGGUUGUUAGAUGUUGCUCAAGACAGCAUGCAGUCAAGGAGGAAGAGGUUGUUAGAUGUUGCUCAAGACAGCAUGCAGUCAUGGAGGAAGAGGUUGUGCGAUGUUGCUCAGGAGAGCAUGCAGUCACGGAGGAAGAGGUUGUUAGAUGUUGCUCAAGACAGCAUGCAGUCACGGAGGAAGAGGUUGUUAGAUGUUGCUAAAGACAGCAUGCAGCCACAGAGGAAGAGGCUGUGCGGUGUUGCUCAGGACAGCAUGCUGUCAUGGAGGAAGAGGCUGUGCGAUGUUCCUCAGGACAACAUGCUGUCACGGAGGAAGAGGCUGUGCGAUGUUGCUCAGGACAACAUGCUGUCACGGAGGAAGAGGUUGUUAGAUGUUGCUCAAGACAGCAUGCAGUCACGGAGGAAGAGGCUGUGAGAUGUUGCUCAAGACAGCAUGCAGUCAUGGAGGAGGAGGCUGUGCGAUGUUGCUCAAGACAGCAUGCAGUCACAGAGAAUGAAGUUAUAUGGUAGCUGGAGACAGCAGGAAGCCUGGGUGUAGAGGUUGUUGUUGAGGACAGUGAGAUUGUGGGAUCACUGAGGGAUAGUAUGACGAUGAUGAGGAAGCUGAGGCAGAUGACGUCAGUGUAAGCAUGGGGGGAACACUGAUAAACUGUUUUGUCCAUAAUAAUGUUACUUCAUCAAGGAUUGGUGGAAUGGUUUUAAUCACAUUGUCUGCUGUGACAAAUAUAUUUUCAAACUGUUACGUACAUGAUGACACUGAUGAAAUGAAUAUUAUCAAAUUGCUUUGAAAUACAGAUUUUCAUAUUGCUGAUGUUCUAUAAACAUGGUGGAAGUUUG